AUGAAUAUGGCUGGCAUGAAUCCAGCGGCCAUGGCGCCAGGCGGGCCCGUUGGUGGUGGAAUGAUCAUGAUGAACAACGGCAGCCCGGCUACACAAGUCAACAUGGCCAGCUCUCCAGAACAACUCAAGGCUCAAUUAAACACCUACAUCUACGAGUAUUUCCUCAAGCUCGGCCACUAUGACCUUGCCCGAAGCCUGCUGCGCGAGGAAAAAUUCGAAAUCCGUACGAAGCCGCCGGUCAAGCAAAGUCCCGGUCGGCGUAAAGACGCGGAAGUGAAUGGUGUUGAUGGAGAUGCCAUGGAUACCGAUGUCAAAGACGAUAUUCCCGAGGACCUUCCUCGCCCCAUGCAUGUCGGCGAUGCCCCCUCGCCCGGCAUUGGCUUUUUGUUUGAAUGGUUUAGCAUCUUUUCGGACCUGUUCACCGCACAUCGUUCAAGCAAGAUGCAGGGUGGCCAAGGUGGAAAUAUGGGACCUGCCGCUCAAUACUUGAUGCAACAUCAGAACAUGCAACGCAUGAGGGAAAACCAGCAAAACCAGAACCUCGCUCGGCCUGGCAUGAUGGCCGCAAACCGAUUUGCCAUGCAGGCUAAUCUGCGCAACAACGUCGUGAACGGGAACAACAUGUCGGCCAAGUAUACUCCUCAACAAAUCUCGCAGCAAUUCAAACACGUGCAAAUGCUUCAGCAGCAACAGCAGCAACAGAUGCAGCGUGAACAGGGCGACGUGGAUAUGAACGGUCGCGCCUCGUCGCCGGCGGAGGGCGAGAAUGGUGGGUCGCCGUCCAAGAGACCACGACUCGAAGGUCAACAAUUCAACGGUGGCAUGAUGCCUAAUGUGCGGCCAGGAAUGCCCAACGUGGCACCUCAAAACAUGAUGAUCCAGAAUGCUUUCCAACCCAACAUGAACCAACCUCAGUUCCGGCAAAAUGGGGCUAUGCCACAGAAACCCAUGCAGGCUGGGAUGGCUAAUGGCAUGAUGAACAUGACCAAUGCCGGCUCACCCAUUAUGCAGAACAUGAAUCCUCAAUUCGAACCCGGUAUGCAGAUGGAGAUCUACAAUCAGAGGCUGGCUGGCCAACAGUUGCAAGGCGGUCCUGGUGGAGGAACUGGAAACCAUGCUCUUCAAGAUUAUCAAAUGCAGUUGAUGCUCCUUGAACAGCAGAACAAAAAGAGAUUGAUGAUGGCCAGGCAGGAGCAAGACAACGCCGUCAACAGAGACGGUGGCCCAGGCGGACCCAUGGUUGGUAUGCAACCCGGUGGCAUGUCGCCUUCGGGCAGUCGGACAGGCACUUCCCCCAACCCGGUGGAUCAGAUGAAGCGCACGCCUCAGCUAGGAGGCUUACCUGGCUCGCCAUCGGCAGGAGAUCUGGCAGGAAGAUCACCUGGCGCAAUCAACUUCAUGAAUGGCAUUCAGGGUACCGAUUUUAACCCCAACAUGUUUAUGAAAGAUAACCAAGGCAUGGUACCCGGUGCUCCGAAUAUGAGACCUCCCACGGCCAUGGAAAUGCAGGCAAAUAUGGCCCGUCAACAACAAAAUCGUAUGGGUGGUCAAUUUCAAGGUGGCCAGCCAAUGGUGCAGCAACCAUCUCAAGGAGGAGGGCCGCAACCGAUGGGCACCCCUGGCCAACGGAAUGAGAUGCCUCCUCCUCAAGCUCCUGCAGGGAACAAUGCUCAACGCAACCAGCCUGGGUCUCCGCAGAGCGGCAAUGCCCCCCCGACCCCGUCGACAACUAACAAACCGAACCCCAAGAAGAAGGGUAAGGAGGAAGGAACCAAGAAACGCCCGGCCAAGAAGGGGUCGACGGCUGCAGCUGCGGCAGCUUCAGAGAAUGAACCACCUGCGACGCCAACUCCUUCCACUCCGCUCACCCCGGUACACCCUCCAGGUUUCAACAAUUCGGCUGGCAAGGGCGGCGCGGCUGGGAUGCAGAAUCCCAAUCAAGCACCUCCACCGAACGCAGCCAUGCCACCCAAUCCACCACAAAUGCACCAGCCCGAUCUCUCACAGCAGAACGCUUUUACCGACUUCAAUGCGGACCAGAAUUUCAACUUGGAUUUCAGCAGUUUGGAGAACAGCGAUGUUUUGGAGAACUUUGACUUUGACAGUUUCCUAAACACGUCCAACGAGGACACAUUCAACUUUGACAACGCCAUGGGGAUAGGAGGAGACUUUGGAGUUGACACAACCAACGAAUAG